UUAUUUCAACAAAUAGCGUGCUCGAUCUUUCUGGUUUUAUGAAGCCUGUCCUGCCAGGUUUUGCUAAAAAACGCGGGCACGGCGGGCAGAUUGGUAGAUACCAUAUGGGCAUAUGACAUGACGUCGUCAAUCGAACUCUGCUGAAAACUCGUGUAACAAUUAAAGAUGAUGAAACGAGAGGUUGCCAAAACGAAACUUGUGCAAAGCACUUCGGCGGUGCGGAGAACAGGCUCACAAAGCUUGUCUUCUUCAAGCAUGCUGAGAAGUGCCCAAUCAAUUGCCAAUACUAGCGGAGACGCCAACCCAAAGCAAGUCGACCCUGAGGUUGAAACGGACAUUAUUUACAGCCAGUACCUGCAUGCGAAAAUGAUGGAAAAAAUCAUGUCAGAGAAGAAGGCUGAAAUUGAAACAGCCGUCAGGGAUCAAUUUGCUGAGUUGCUGAAGGACGAAUCUGGCCUGGAAAAUCCUAGGGUCGCUUACAUAAAUGAUUGCACGGAAAAGUUGAAGCAGCUGCGCCAGGAGUAUGACAAGUUGCUUGAAUUGAAAAAGGAAAUUGAUGAAUUGGAAAAAAAUUAAUGCUCUAAAUAUAGAUUUUCAUAUCGGUUAAAAACAUGCUUCUUGAUCUAAAAUAAAAGCAAAUGAUUACAUUUUUACUAGAGGUUUUAAGAUUGUAGAUUGUACUGAGAUUUAAAUUUACAGUUCGAAUUAACAUUAUUUUAUCCUUGAUUAUGGAAUUAAAGUAAGAAAAGAUAAAUAAAAUUACGCUUGUUAGCUUGAA